GGUCAAGGCAUUCAAUUCAGACAGCGUCUUUGUUAAGCUCGCGACUGUUUCUUUUGCAAAGAAAUUUUCCAUCAAUUUUUUUUUUUUUUUUACUUCCAGACAAUAUCUAUCUAUGUUCAUAUCAUAAAACAAUAAUUAAGGCUCCAAAACCUGUUUCUCUUUAAUUUCUACUUACUAAAUCCUCAAUCUUUACACCAUGUCUUGCAUUAUAAUAUUCAUACUGUGUUUCUUCCUGAACCUGUCAUCUUCCUACAGCAAAAUUCAAGACAGUGGGUUUUUAUUUGAUGGUUACUUCAAGUUAGGCAGCGAAGGUACAGAGCUGAACAAUUCCAAUCUAUUCUCUCGGUUAAUAUAUACCGAUGGAGGCUUAAGCAAAGCAAGCCAAGUCUUUUAUAACACUCCUAUUCAGUUCAAGAACUCAAAUUCUACUAAUUCUCUUUUCUCCUUCUCUACUACUUUCAUCUUCGCUGUAGUACACAAAGAUCAAGAAUUUAGCGGCCAUGGACUUGCCUUUGCUAUUUCGCCAUCAAAAGGUAUCCCUGAUGCUGUUGCAAAUCAAUAUCUUGGUCUUUUUAAUGCAACUAACAAUGGGAAAAGUUCAAAUCAUAUUGUUGCUAUUGAGAUUGACACAGAUCAAGAUUUUCAGUUUGAUGAUAUUGAUGAUAACCAUAUUGGAAUUGAUAUUAAUGGGUUGGUCUCUAUAAAUUCUGCUACUGCAGGGUUUUAUAGUAACAAUGACCAUAGCCGUUUCAGAAAGAUGGAUCUCAAAAGUGGAAAAGCAAUACAGGUUUGGGUAGAAUAUGGAAGCUUGAAUCAAGAAUUAAAUGUUACUAUACAUCCAGUAGGCAUACCAAAACCUCAAGUUCCUCUUUUGUCUUUGACAAGAGAUAUUUCCUCUCUUUUAUUUGAUUUUAUGUACGUUGGGUUCACUUCCUCUACUGGGUCAAAGUCUGCUCAUUACAUUCUGGGUUGGAGUUUCAAGACUAAUGGUCAAGCUGAUGAGAUUGAUCUUUCUAACAUUCCUAAGAUUCCUGGUGUUAAUGAGAACGAAGGGAGUGAUAAUGGAGGAGAUGGGUAUGCAAAAAAACAAGAAGUGUUGGCCAUAAUAUUAUCUUUAGUAGGAGCUGUUCUUGUUAUAGUUCUUAUUUUUGGAGGUUUAAUCAUUUUUAGGAGGAGAAGAUUCAUCCAAGUAGUUGAAGAUUGGGAAGUGCUUUAUGGGCCUUAUAGGUUCGCCUAUAAAGACUUAUUUAUAGCCACAAAAGGGUUCAGAGAUCGACAGCUUCUUGGAAGAGGAGGUUUUGGUAGUGUAUACAGAGGAAGUUUACCAUUUUCGAAUGUUCAAAUUGCAGUAAAGAAAAUUUCCCAUGAUUCUAAACAAGGAAUGAGAGAAUUUGUAGCGGAAAUAGCAACCAUUGGUCGUCUGAGACACCCAAACUUGGUUCGACUUCUUGGUUAUUGCAGGAGAAAAAAUGAACUCUUCUUGGUCUAUGACUAUAUGCCCAAUGGAAGUCUAGACAAGUUUCUUUACCGCUUACCAAAUAACACCAUUCUGGAUUGGAAACAAAGAUUCAAGAUAAUCAAAGAUGUUGCUUCUGCUCUAUUUUAUCUACACCAACAAUGGUUACAAAUUAUCAUCCACAGAGACGUUAAGCCUGCAAAUGUUCUAAUAGACAAUGACAUGAACGCCAAAUUGGGAGAUUUUGGACUUGCAAAAUUAUGUGAUCAUGGGAAUGAUCCUCAACCCUCACAUGUAGUAGGAACUCCAGGUUAUAUAGCUCCGGAGCUUGUUCAAAGUGGAAAAUCAAACACCUGUACAGAUACUUAUGCAUUUGGAAUAUUUAUGCUAGAGGUCACUUGCGGUAGGAAACCGGUUGACCCUCGAACGUCGCCGGAGAAGGUAAUGUUGAUUGAUUGGGUAAUGGAUUCUUGGGAUAGAGAAGCUAUUUUGGAGACUGUAGAUCCAAGAUUAGGGGAAGAAUAUGUUAGAGAUGAAGUUGAGUUGGUAUUGAAACUUGGGUUGUUAUGUGCACAUCCUAUGGCUGAAGCUAGGCCAAGUAUGUCCAGUGUAGUGGAAUUGUUAGAUGGUGUUGCUCAGUUGCCGGAGAAUGUAAAUUCUGUGAUUAAAUUUCAAUAUUCCGAUCGAGGAAUUGCGAGACAUGAAUCAAUCUCAACUGGGGAAAUUUCUAUUCCUUCACUAACUUUUACAGAACCAUUUGACUCUGAUGGUCGUUGAUCAUGUAAUUAACUAUAUACCGUGGCCUUUUUUUUUAACCUUCUGUGUAUAUAUAUAUUUUGUAUUAAUUGCAACUAUACUAACAUAAGUCAUGAAUUUUAGUUUAA